AUGACGUCCCCCGAAGACUUCGACUCGCCGGAAGCCUUCCGCUUCUGGGAGGAGAACUGCCAGAUUAUCCCCCCGGGAGAGAUCAGCUUCAUUUGCAUUGGGAUUGUCGGUUGUACCAUUGCCGGAAUCAGCGUCAUCUUCAACACGUUUCUGCUUGCCUUGUUGGCGCGAAAUCGAAAACAUCGCUCAUCACAUCUACUUUACCUGACCUUCUUGGCGGCGUUCGACAUCUUUGUGUCGAUCGCCUACAUCCUCCUUUUUCCCGUGAACAUCUACAUUGACUAUUUCGAGAGCGAGCUGCUGGCAAAUGCGUGGUACACCUAUAUGCCAUUCAUGCUGUGCGUCAGCCACGUGACCAUGACCGCCUCGGCGUUCCUGAUCGUCGCCGCGGCUUUUGAGAGAUUUGUGACCAUCUCGAAGUUGAGGACGCAAUUCGCGAAGCGGAAUCGUUAUCUGAUCUCGAUCACCUGCUUGGUGUUGGCGUUCAUCUCCAAGGGGCCGAUGUACUUCGAGAUGGAGGUGAUCCCGAACGAAAACUGCACGGGUGCCAGCCAGUGGACACCCCGCCAAGUCGCCUGGCCCGACAACGAGACGCUGAUGACGAUUUAUAGGUUCUGGUUCCGGAACAUCAUCAUCACGUGUCUGCCCUUCUUCCUCUGCUUCUACCUCAACUUCCAAAUCAUCCGGCGGCUACGAUUGCAGCAUCAGGGCGCCAAGCUGUUCCGUUUCGCUACUUCGGAACAUCGGCAAAACAUCCGUGCGGCCACACUAAUGCUAGUAUGCGUCACGUGCUCCUAUCUGGGUUCCAACCUCCCGAACGUCGUCCUCUACAUCCUCGAGGCGUUUGAUAUGGAAUUCCUCAAAAAUCCUGCCAUCCGGCCGUUUUACACGUCCAUCAGCGAUUUGGUUUCGUUGCUGACCGUGGCGUCUUGCUUCCUCCGUCUGCCCAUCUACUAUGCUUGUAAUGCCCGUAUCCGAGCGGAAGUCCUGGAAGUCUUCGAUGAAUGGUGGCUCUUCGUGAGCCCGAAAAGCCUGCACGGCAUCAAGACAAAACGCCCCCGGCCGAACACGACCGUCCGCUACUGCCCCACCGAUCAGGGAUUCAUGCUCUUUGAGAAAACCGCCUCUCGACGUAGCGAUCCCAAACCAAAAUGUUAUGGAACUGGGUUGGAUAAGGUGGUCCUCUCCGUGGCGUUGACAGGAAUGAACGGAACUCUGAACGUGAGGAGAGCCAGCGCUCAUGGAAGACUCGUCGAAAAAGCGGAGAUGACCGACAUGGACCUGCUGCGCCCCGUUUUCUGCCAGCGUCGACAGUCCGACAUGUUGUCC